AUGAGCCCUAAAGAAAAGACAAAGAUCAUCAAGGAUGUCACCCAGCUCGUUCUUUCAAGGCGGACCAAAAUGUGCAACUUUCUAGAAUACAAAGACACCAAGGUCAUCUAUCGAAGAUACGCGAGUUUGUUCUUUAUCACAGGAAUCGACCCUAACGACAAUGAGUUGUUGACUCUCGAGAUCAUUCAUCGCUACGUCGAAGUCCUCGACCGGUACUUUGGAAACGUAUGCGAACUGGAUCUGAUUUUCAACUUUCAUCGUGCAUAUUUCAUCCUAGACGAGCUAUUGAUUGCAGGCGAGAUGCAGGAAUCCAGUAAAAAGACGGUCCUCAGAGUCAUCACACAUCAGGACGCCAUGGAAGAAGAGGAGGCCAAGGAGGAGGCAAAGAAAUAA